CUAAUUUAGUCAUUUUGCUUACACCAAAACCAGAAAAGCUCAAAGAAAAACGAAGGCAGCAGCCACCUUUUUCUUUCUUCUUUGUAUCUCUCUCUCUCUCUCUCUCUCUCUCUCUCUCUCUUUCACACUUUUGUCUUGCGAUAUACGAUUGUGUUGAAAGGGAAGUAACUUAGAUCAGAACGACAAUGGCGUCAUCAUCAUCGGCUCAGCUCAGGCUCAUGUCUGACCUCAAAUCCAUCAUUAACGAGCCACCUGAAGGCUGUAGUGCGAGUCCUUUGUCCGAUGAGAACCUGUUUGUUUGGAGCGCCACCAUAUUCGGGCCCGAUGAGACUCCUUGGGAAGGUGGUGUUUUCAGUUUAAGAAUGACAUUUGGUCAAAAUUAUCCGGAGAAGCCGCCUCGAGUUCGGUUCACGUCUGAAAUGUUCCAUCCAAAUAUUUACCGUGAUGGUACAUUGUGCAUGGAUAUCAUUCAGGACGCAUGGUCACCCUGCCAUAAUGUGUCUACAAUUUUAACCUCCGUACAGUCACUUCUCACUGAUCCAAAUCCCACUAGUCCAGCAAAUCCUGAGGCAGCUCAACUCUACCAGCAAGAUAUCCAGGCUUAUAACAAGAGAGUACGUCGCUGUGCCCGUCAAUCCAUUGAUUCGUAAUAUCAGGAGCUCAGUUUCUUUCCUCUCUACUUUCUGGAAACAGCUAUGGUGCGUCAUUGGCCGUGUAUCAUUUUGCUUCCCAGUUUACAACAUAUCCAGCUGUAAAUACUCUGUGAGAGCAUGACUUGUAUCCAUGCUUGUAACUUCAAGAACCUCAAUACCAUUCAGAAUAAAAAAUGAGUGUACAUACUUUUGAGUUUGCUACUCUAUUUAUCAUCUUCCCUUUAUGAAAUGAAAAUGGCCGGCCAUUUCAAUCAUCCA